AUGAACUUCCUCUCUGAUCAGGUAAAGAAAUUCUCCGACUCGAAACCGGAGGAGCCGGACCACAACAAGCCAGUCGAAGGAACCGAGACAGCAAACAGACCAGCUUCCAACGCCGAGCUCAUGGCUAGUGCCAAGGUUGUAGCCGAAGCUGCUCAAGCCGCAGCUCGUAACGAAUCGGACAAACUCGACAAGGGUAAAGUCGCCGGAGCCUCCGCUGAUAUCUUAGACGCCGCCGAGAAAUACGCUAAGCUCGAUGAAAAGAGCGGCGCUGGUCAGUACCUCGACAAGGCCGAGAAGUAUCUCAACGACUACGAGUCUUCACACUCCACCGGCGCCGGGACUCCUGCUCCGGCAGCGGCGAGUCCAGGUGAACCGGCGGCGGCGAGUCCAGGUGAACCGGCGGCGGCGGUUAAGAAAACCGAUGAAGAGUCUGGCGGUGGGUUGGGAGGUUAUGCAAAGAUGGCUCAAGGUUUCAUGAAGUGA